UCUUGGCCUGAUUCCGCUCCACGCUGGCGCCUUCCCCUCCCGCCCCCUCCAUCCUGCUUCCUCGCCCUGCUUCCGCCCGCCGCAUUUCCUCAUCGAGGCGGGUAUAAAGCUCUCGAGAAGGGCAGGGGAUGGAGCGUGCAUCUCCGCCCCUGCUCUUGUCAGCCGUGAUCGAGGGAGUGUUGGACGUGACGACGGUGUACGCGAUAACCUUCGAGACCAGGACAAAGAGCCGCCCCGCAACGCUCUGCACCUCCUGCCAGGCCGCUGCCACACAGGAAACACAGCAGGCCAAGAGCCGGCCAGUUGCCACCAUCCGGCCGCUUCCAGCCGCCAAGGAAGAGGAAUCACAGCAACAGGAGUCAGAGUUUCCAGAAAUAUUCGGAAAAGAGGCAGAGUUCCCGGAAACUCUGGGAAAAGAGGAACCCGUCUUUACUAAGCAGUGGAAGGAGAACGAAGAGACUUGCAAGGAAACUUCUGACGAGAAAAAUAGCGAACGUCAAUUCGGUGAACAAAAAGAAGAUAAAGAAGUCUGCAGCGAGAAUACUGGCGAGAACGAUAGCGUCUGCGUCUUAAUUGAACAAAGCGAUAGCUGCGGCGAAGAGGAUACACGAGUAACCCAUCCACCGCCCCAGGAGCAUCCAGAAUACCGGACGUUAAUCCCACCCCUAACAUCACCCAACGCACCCUUGACCCAACCACCACAACCAUCCACUAAGGCAAAAACAACAGGACAAGUAAAGAGUCCUGAGCAGGAGUUUCGGGACCCGUGCAGCUGCCACCGCGACAAGAUCCGAGCAGUCUUUGGUAAGGGGAACGUGGCACCAAGAAAGAUGGAGGGCUACCAAAACGGAGAGUGUCAAGACGGCCAAGGUUGCGCGGAGGAUUACGGCAGAGACCUCAAGGGUGACCAGCACAAGGAGACGUGCAUCACCGAGUGUCUGGACGAGUUUCUGGAGGAACUACAACUGACUCACCUCGGCAACUACCUGCGGGUGCUGGGCUGCACGUGCGUCAGGGACCUCCGACUCCUGGAGGAACCGGAGCUAAACGCCAUUCAGCUCAUCUCUCGCCGCCGCCUUCUGAAACGCCUCGAGUCCCUGAGUCUCCACCACGAGGAGGCAAAUCAGGUCAAGAGGGAGGAGUGCAAGCAGUAUGAGCUACCUGUUCAGCAACCCCAAACACCUGAGACGCCGAGAAGAGAAAAUGAAGCACCCCCGGCGGAAUGCUCGCUGGAGGGUUGGCUCACCUGGUACGGUCUCACACACAUCUCCGGCUUCCUCUCUGCCAUCGGCGUACACUCCGUCGGCGACCUAAUUUACCUAAAGGAGGAAGACCUGGAGCUGCUCAAGCCAGUCACACGCAGAAGGAUCCUCAGUUGUUACCGGAAAUAAAGUUGUGCUCGAUCGUUUCAGGCCAGAAUAUCCUGCGUGUGUUGGUCCUUCAUCCUGUGCUGCGCCGGCCUCGCCUGCUGCCUGCUAUGGUUAUCCUGCCGGCUGCCAGAACACAUGGAUAUAUAUAUAGUUGUGUUGAAAGAGCCAGUGUAGAGCCCACUGUACUUUCAUGCCGCAUACCACCACCUCUAUCUACUAAUCCUGCUUCCCCAAUCCAUUUUUGGUGUCGCUUAGGCGUGCGAUCUACCGGUCUGCCGCCAUAUUUACAAUGCAGCGUGCAGUCUGCCUCAACUAUAGGAACCUUAUAGUGCAGGAUGAUGAAAAACAAGUUGAAUAGUGCUGAAUAAUGAUUUAUUAUUAUUUAGAAGAUUGUUUGUUCUUAAAAUUCACCUGCUUGUUUGUCCAUCAAAAUGACACGUCUAUAGAAAUCUUUCAACAGCAUUGUAGUUAUACAGCAGAAUGAGUUACACUGAUGUUAUCGACUUCAAUGUAAGGAGGAUGUUGACGUCGGUGUUUGUUGAUUGUCCUUUUAUAUAGACCAGUCAGGAGCACUCAGGUGACAAGACAACAUAGGCUGAGGUCUCCGGGGACAGGUCAGGCCAUUACAUAGCUUAGACUACGGUGACUGUGGUCAGGUCAUUACUCGGGUCAGGAACAAUCAGGUAACAAUGCUGCAUCAGAUGAGGUAUCGGGAGGUCAGGUCAUUAUGUAGUUUAGACUACAAAUAUUGGGCUAGACUUCAAAUACUGCCGUAGACCGCACGCUAAAGUAGCACCCCAUUUUUUUUUACCUCCAUCCGCCCCCCCCCCCCUCCCUCCCGCCACUCCCAUCCCUCCCUCGUUAAUCAAGCAGGUUUGAAAUAGCCAAGGUGUGUCCCGCUACCAUCAUUACUCUGCCUCCCCAGUUUACUGCCUGCCUCCACCUGCACCUCCACAAUUAUACCUACUCCUCUCUACUCAAGACUGUCUCCUCAUGCCUCAUACCUCCACCUCUGUCUACCUAACCUUGCUUCCCCAAUCCAUCCUCCCUUUGAUGGCCAGGCUGCGUCUACUCCACCGCCUAAUCACUACUUUACUCUGCUUCACUUUUCCAUCUCUUGCCCUCACCCGCGCCCGUCUCAUCCUUCCUCUACCUAAGUCUUUUUCAGAGCCAAGCUGUAUCUACCUGCUGUGGCUUGUAUACAUACAUAGUUUUAGUCAGCAUAGUAUAUUUUGAAUAAAGUGUGUGCAAGGAU